AUGUAUGGACGAAAACGAAAUAGUAUUACAUCCUAUUCACAAUAUAGUGAAGAUGAAUAUGACGAACUUUCAAGUACAAAUUUCACAUUAGCUAUGUUAGUUAUACAUAAUCUUGAUCAUAUGAUGCAACCACAUGAAUGGGAAACAUUAUUAACACGUGAAAUUCAUGGUGCUCGUACUUUAGGUGUAAUUGUUGUUCGUGAACAAUCAUUAUCACGUCCAUGGGGUGAAGGCGAAUUAACAGCAUAUAUAUUUACUCGAAACGAUGCUUCACUUAUUCGACAAUAUUUACAUAAUCGUCGUCUUGGUUUUCGACGUUUACAUGUUGAUGCCAUAGCAAGUGAAGGUGGCAUUGAAGUUUUUCUUGUUCAUAAAAUUCUUCAAUUACUUAAACUUAAUCCGCAAAUGUCUGAAGUUGUUAUUGAACAACGUAUUAGUAGUUUUUUUCGACGUAUUCCACCAGCAGUUCGUCCACGUGAUUAUGAUCGUACAGCUGUUAUGCGAUUAAUUCAUGAAUGUAUGGGUUUACCAGCAUCACCACCAGCAACUAGUGAAGAUAGUGAAAUUGAUAGUGAUUCUCCACCCUUACGUCCAGCAGCAAUUGUUCAAUCAUUACCACAACCAGAUCCACCUAUUUUUAAUCCGCAAUUAAUUCGAAUUGAUGAACGUACAAUGCAACUUCAUUUUACUCCACUUUAUUUUGAACUUUUAGAUACAAUGUCGAAUGUUAAAACUAAUAAUGAAUAUGAUCAAUUAAUAGAUGCUGGACUUUUCUAA